CGUUUGCAUGUCGCACACCUGGGAUGUCCUCCCCAGAAUCGUGUCCGCUGGAAUACACGGUACCAUGACAAGAGAGCGACGGUAUCAACAUGGUUCAUCGGAUUCAGUUCCCGUCUUUCCCCUCUUUCUAUGUCUCCUGCAGAUGCCCCCCCCUUAUCAUCAGCCCUAAGAAAAAGCACAGAUACUACCACCUCAGUGAGCAGUACCCAAGAUGGACGACACUAUUACGGGUACCACUCUCGCUUUUAUACCCGAGGUGAUUGAGAGUGAGAUGGCCUUCGAUGAGUCCGACAACAAGGUCAAACUCGACCAAAACCUCGGACAGACCGAGCAGGAGAACAGCGAACGCAUCACCAAGCGUCUAGCCGCCAUCUCCCUACAGGAACGAGACUUCGCAGUCCAACGUCCAGGAGAGGCCGAGUGCGUCGCCUGUACGGAGACAGUCCCAUGUACGGACAUCGUAACGGUCCCUUGCUCCCACCGAUACUGUCGGACAUGCAUCACCCGGAUCUUCCAGGACGGAUUAGAGACCGGGGUGUCCUGGCCGCCGGUGUGCUGCUGGAGAUUGAUUCCGGUGUCUCUUGUGCAGUCGUUCCUCGGAGCCAGUCUGAGCCAGCAGGCCACGCUGAAGAUCGCCGAGGACGCGGAUCGCAACUGCACCUACUGCGCCAGAACAGACUGCGGGCUGUACGUGCCGCCCCAGUCACGGUCACGAAAGGAUAAGACGCGGCAGUGCGCCAAAUGCAAAACAAAGACGUGCACCGCGUGCAAGAGCCUGGCGCACCGGGGCAAAUGCCUUCCAGAUAAGCUGUUACUCAAAUUUCUCAAAAUGGCUCGCCAGGUGGGGUGGCGGCGGUGUCCGGUUUGUGGGUACAUGAUUGAUAAAUAUGCCGGCUGCCCUAAUGUGAUGUACUUGUCGAUGUGGCUGUGA